GCACAGCAUAUUUCAGGAAGCGGUUAUAUAGGACGAAAGAACCAAAGCCAAGCAGAAAAGAAGGCCUUUUGUCGGAGGCAGUUAUCGGAGACACCGCCGGCGAUGGAGAAGGAGAGGGAGCAGCUCGUGUACUUGGCCAGACUUGCAGAACAAGCAGAGAGAUACGAUGAAAUGGUAGAAAUGAUGAAGAGCGUCGCAAAGUUGGACGUAGAACUUACUGUGGAGGAGAGAAACCUGGUCUCCGUGGGAUAUAAGAACGUUAUUGGGGCAAGAAGAGCCUCAUGGCGUAUUUUAUCCUCGAUUGAACAGAAGGAGGAAGGAAAGAGGAACGAGAUUAAUGUGAAGAGGGUAAAGGAGUACAGACAGAGGGUUGAAGACGAACUGUCAAAAAUUUGCCAUGACAUCUUAUCAGUUGUCGAUAAGCAUCUUAUUCCAUCGUCAUCCUCUGGAGAAUCUAAUGUUUUUUACUAUAAGAUGAAAGGGGAUUAUAACCGAUACUUGGCGGAGUUCAAAUCUGGCCAGGAACGUGAAGAAGCUGGAGAACAGUCGAUGAAGGCCUAUGAGUCUGCCUCAAGCAUUGCAACCUCUGAUUUGCCUCCAACACAUCCUAUCAGACUUGGCUUGGCGCUUAACUAUUCUGUUUUCUACUAUGAGAUAUUAAAUUCCCCAGAGAGGGCGUGCCACCUUGCUAAACAAGCUUUCGAUGAUGCCAUAGCUGAGCUUGAUGGCCUCAAUGAAGAGUCCUACAAGGACAGUACCCUCAUCAUGCAACUGCUGAGGGAUAAUCUCACGUUAUGGACCUCAGAUCUCCCAGACGAGGGAGGUGAGCAAUCUAAAGUUGACGAACCUUGAGCAGAGGCAAGAUGUUGGAGCUUCUCUGAUUAGUUGAAGGAUAUCUUUCUUAAGUACUUGAAACAAUUAUUUACUAGCAGUGUAUUUCGCAGAGCUAAUUAUUGUUGACAUGGUUCUAGGAGGUGUAGCUGUGCCAUUUUAUUGCUUAUUUAGUGUACGAGAACAGUAAUCUGUGAUCACAUUGUAACCAUUACCUUUUAAAGUUAAGUCAAUCUGUUUAGUUUGAGAAUGCAAACUUAUAUCAUCUUGAUUGACUGAUUCAACGCUGUUGAAAA